AUGAACAAUGUCAAGUUUCAGAUCGUACCAACGGAGAAAACGCUAGAGGUGGUUCCUGAAGAUCAGCAGGACACAGAAGGGAGGAAGAUUGAAGGUAAAGGAGUGCGCUUCAGUGACGACAAUUCCACACAAGAGAUCGUACCAACGGAGAAAACGUUAGAGGUGGUUCCUGAAGAUCAGCAGGACACAGAAGGGAGGAAGAUUGAAGGUAAAGGAGUGCGCUUCAGUGACGACAAUUCCACACAAGAGAAUCACAGACCUGGUAACGGUACGUUGGAGCGCGAUAACGAGGAACGGACGACGAAGGAGGCGCUACAACGUGCACAAGAUGCACACUGCGGUGAAGUUGAACGAGCUGAUGCGGGAGAAGUCAGCCGAUUGCCAACUGCUCAUCGUCAAUCUGCCUGGACCACCCGACCAGGAUUCGGACAUAUACUAUAUGGAAUUCAUCGAAGCGUUGACAGAAGGCUUGAAUCGGGUAUUGCUUGUGCGUGGCACAGGAGCCGAAGUAGUCACCAUCUACUCCUAGUCUAUCAUAGGUGGCCAUAUUCUCUACUCUCUCGAUCAUCUCCGUUGUCCUUUUCUUUUCUUCGUCUUUUUCCCAUCUCUUCAUCUUUCUUGUCGCCCAUAUGCACUGCGGGUACUUACGUCGUCUAA